AUGAGGCCCGACAUCGGCAUUCAGUUGUCUCGCUGUUUGUACGUAGCUCAUGGCAUAGAGAAAACUGUAGUGAAAGAUACCACAUACUUCAAGCAAGGUAUGGAGCUGCUAAUGAUAGGGUUCCACAAUCGAGUUAUGUCACAAUGCUGUAUUAAGUUUACUUAUGUUAUCAUGGCUGGUUUGAUGCAGUUGAUACACUGUAAAGAGGAGGAUCUUUCGGGAAACUCGUACGAAUCGAAUUUGGACGAUAUUAUUAGUUCAUCCUAUAAACCGAAGAUCAUUUAUGAUCUAUUACUGUUAGCAAAGCCGUGGAAAAACAUGCCGCCACCGCCACAGUGGUUGGUGGCAAUGUGCGGAGGCUACAUGACGCAGAUUCUAUUGAAACCUAAUGGUCUCCACUAUAUUUUUCAAGGAUUUUUGGAUUUUUGUGGCACUCUCGACUGUCCGCAAGUGCUUAAUGGUAUCUUUUCGGUAAUUAAAAAGCUGCCAGCCAGUUAUCGUGAUAAACGUGAAGAAUACAUCCGUUAUAUUUUGGUUUCCGGCAUACAGCUGCUAAAAUCCGAAAAUUUAUCAGACAGACUAAUCAAGCCAAUAGCUCUUCUUAUGAAAGAAUUUUAUGCUAUGGAUAGUGAUCUUUUUAAGUUUGAAUUGCUUGAAUCGUUCCAAAUGACUUCGUUGACGAAGCGACAGAAACUGCCUUUAUCGUUGACUACAGCGGAUAUCGACGGUUUUCGAUUAUUAAAGAGAUUGUACUUAUCGGAGCCGCAAGAUCGACAUUUCAUUCAUAGCAUGGAGUCGUUUGCGAGGUCGAUUUUCACGGCCAGUUGCAGGUAUGGUUCUGAUUCUCAUAAAGAUUUGCAGCUCUCAGAACUUCUGGCUGUGUGGCUCAGAUGCACAGAAAUACAUCACGGCGCACAAUGGUUGGCCGAUGUUUGCUUGGAAUAUAUUGAAAAAUAUUUUGUCGCAGACCCUGACGUCGCUGUUAGGAUUCUAAAGGACUCGAGUAUCGAAAUUAAUGAUCCGAAAGGAGGACCGUUUGAAGUCCAAAAGUUUUUAAGAGCCGUUACCGAAGGCACGCUAAUGACUUUAUCUGAUUCAUUUGUAUUGGAAUUCUUUCGUUUAAUAUAUGUUGAAGCAGAAAGAUUGAGGAGAUUGCCCAAGUUGAAAAUUAACGAAGAACGCAGAAACGAAGCGGUAAAGUUCACUGUUCUUGUCUACAUCGUAUGCGCUCUUUGGCAUGAACACACUGAACGGUUUACCGACUCUUCUACGUUUAACGUCUUACUGCCAGUAUUUUUGGACUCACUGGUAACCGAAGACACGGAAGGUGAAAGUGAUGCUAGCAGAAACGAAUGGCUGGUCGGUAUUCUUCGUUUUGCUCUCUUCAUGUUAUGUGCCGCUGUGGAAGGCCAGGUUGUGCUUUCUCAGAAUGUACGGGAUCGUCUGUUAAGAGUGAUUCCGAUUCUGAGCCAGAAGACAUGGCUUCCAGAGUCGAAGCCAGCUAUCGAUGAAUACCUGAAGUUGCUCGCAGCAUAUGUACCUCAACUGCUUCACUUGGUCGAAGGCCAGGACUUGGAUUCUACUCGUACUUGUUCUGUUUUUGAUCAAAGUUCCGAAAGCUUUGCUUCAACGUCAGGGGAGAGUCUGUCCUCCGAUGAUCGCUUCAGGCAGUAUCUGAACGACCUGCAGCAAGAAAAUGCCAUAAACAAGGGACACGCACUUAUUAUGAUAAAACUUAUGGUCGCUGAUCGUAGCAUCGAAUUUAAGCAGUCGAUUUGUCCCGCUAUUCGGAUAUUAAUCGAACAGUUGACCAAUGACGAUUCUUACGUGUAUUUGUCCGCAAUCAAUGCUAUAGCUGCUGUUGUGUUGCGAUGUCCGGACGAAAUUUUGCCCUGUCUUUUACGCGAAUCCUUGAAGCCUGAAAUGGAUCGAAUGCCGAUGGUGAGGGCUAGGCUGUACGAAGCCCUAGCGAAGAUUAUUCGAUGCGAUCUCAAGAGCACCUACGUAGCAAGGAUCAUUAACUCAUCACUAACGGCUUUUCAGUGCGGCGAUGAUGCUGUGAAAACCAGCUGCUUGUGUAUAAUUGCAGAAAUGGCGAAGCUAGUUGGUUUUGAUCUGGUCGGAUGCCUGGAGGAGGUGUUGUACAUUGUCCAAGAAACACUCUUAUGCUCUAAAGACAUCAUGCUUCGCAGAGCAGCUGCGAGUACUCUGGCGAUGAUCGCUGAUGGCGCGGCUAAAUGCGAUAUUACGGAUUCCGUGAAUCAGGCAUCCCUAGUUAUCCUUCGCCGGUUGCUGCAGUCGUUGCUUGAUACCGAUGACGAUUCCGUGAUUGCUUUGUUUUCUUCAAUGGGCCUACGAAGUUUAAAGGAUAUUGUGCUUGGCGGCGGCAACUAG